AUGGCCUUGGUGACUCUUUGGGUGGUGGAGCCUCUUCUUCUGGUCUUACCAAUGAUCCAUAGAGGAGAAGCCGGAGAGGGACUGAAGCUGGAGUUUCGGAAAAGCCCCUGUGAUGGAGUGGUGCAGGUACAGCACGAGGGACAGUGGGGCUCGGUGUGCAGUGACGACUGGACUCUGGCCGAAGCGUCCGUGGUCUGCAGGCAGAUGGACUGCGGGGCCGCCAUCGGGGCCCCCAAGUACGUCCCGUUGCCCGGGGAGAACGUCCGGCCCUGGCUCCACGGCGUGUCCUGCCGGGGCAACGAGUCGUCCUUCUGGAACUGCAGCCUGGGAGAAUGGAGUCGGAAGAACUGCCCCUUUCCAUGGGUGGUAGUCGCCCUCUGCUCAAAGGGCACUUUUGUCAAAAUCAGGCUGGUGAAGGGGAAGAGCCCUUGCGCCGGGAUCCCUGAGAUCAGAAACAAGGAUGGGAAGGACCGCCUCUGCGGCCUCUAUAUGGAAGAAGCCACAGUGUUUUGUCAAGAGUUGGGGUGUGGACCUGCUAUUCAAGCGCCCAUCGAGGGCCUGGGGGUUCUCAACAAAUACAUGACCUGUAAGGGGACUGAGCCGACCAUCCGCAACUGUCGGUUGAACAACCAUUUCCGAACGGGUUGCCACCGCGAGGCUGAAGUCAUCUGCGCAGGCUAUUUCAGAGCUCCCGAUUCUGUUUGCACUGGGACACUUCGGGAAAGUCUGAGGAGUCGUGUUUCUCUGAUGUGCUCGUCUUCCUCUAAAAAUAGGAGCUGGUUAGUUACGUAUUCAACAAGUCUGAAUCAUGUGUCUGUGACUGGAAACCUCCGAACUAGAUUCCAAGGCAAGAAAGAAGCCAGGAAAAAGACAGAUUUUCCCCUGCAAAAUGACAGAUUUUUGAAAAACUGGCUGUUGGCCAGAGGCAGUAGUAACAGUUGGCACAGGGAGGUGCGCCUGGUGGAUGGGGAACACCCUUGCGCGGGGCGUCUGGAGGUGAGGCGGGGCCUGGAGUGGGGCACGGUCUGCCAGUCGGACCUGGACCUUGCCACGGCCCACGUGGUCUGCCGGGAGCUGAGUUGUGGAGCCGCCGUGUCCAUGCCGGGGGGCACUGGCUUCGGCCGGGGGCCGGGCCCGCUGUGGACCCAGGAGACCUUCCGCUGCCGAGGGAACGAGUCUCUCCUUUUCCACUGCCCCCGUGGACCAGCGCGGACAAAGCCCUGCUCCCACAGCCAGGACGCCGCCAUCCGCUGCUCGGGUGAGUCUCAUUCCAGCGGGGUAUUGGUCAACAUUUUCAGCCAAGAGUGCCUCAAAUCUAGGCUUCUCCUGCCUGCAGCAGAAUACCGGUUGGCAAAUGGCAGCAGCCGCUGCGAGGGGCGAGUGGAGCUGCAGGUUGGGGGGUCUUGGGGCCCCCUGUGUGCUGCCCACUGGGACCUGGCAGAUGCCCACGUCCUCUGCCGCCAGCUGGGCUGUGGGCCGGCGCUGGCGACCACGGGCCGAGUGUCCUUCGGGGAGGAAGAUGGCCCUGCCUUGACCGAUGCCUUUCACUGCACGGGGACGGAGCCCCAUCUGUGGAACUGCCCGCGGAGCGCCCUGGGGGCUGCCGCCUGCCCGCCCCACCAUGUAGCCUACGCCAUCUGCUCUGGUGAGUCGGCGGAGGCACUGCGGUUGCAGGGCGGGCAGAGCCGGUGUGACGGCCGCGUGGAGAUCUUCCUGCGGGGCGCCUGGGGCCGGAUCGUGGCCGAGGCCUGGGGCCUGGCGGAGGCCGGGGUGGUGUGCCGACAGCUGCGCUGCGGAGAGGCCCGGAGAGCCUACAGCCUCGAUCCGACGGCCCGCGGCCCAGAGGCCACCCCUGUGGGGCUCAGCACUGUCACCUGUGCUGGGAAUGAGACCCGCCUGACCCAGUGCCAAGUCUCCACCCCUCCGCUACCUCCUGCAGGGACGGCCUGGGAUGUGGGCGUCAUCUGCUCUGAGAGCGAAGGCCUGCGUCUGGCGGGCGGCCCGGGGCGCUGCUCCGGGCGGGUGGAGGUGCUCCACGACGGGCGCUGGGGGACGGUCUGCAAUGACUCCUGGGACUUGGCAGAUGCCCAGGUGGUCUGCCGGCAACUGAGCUGUGGCGUGGCCCUCGGGGCCCCUGCCUCCGCCGGGCACGGGGCCAGGACGGGGCCCAUCUGGCUGGACGAGCUGGGCUGCACGGGGAACGAGUCUCGCCUCUGGCAGUGCCCCUACGCAGGCUGGGGCCAACAUGACUGCCGACACAAGGAGGACGUCGGCGUUCUCUGCUCGGGCAAGUUCUGCGGCCCUCGGGGGUCGUCUCCACGUGAGUACACAGACGUGCGGCUCGCUGGUGGUUCCUGGGCCUGUACCGGGCGGCUGGAGGUUUUCUACAACGGGACGUGGGGAAGCGUGUGCCAUAACUCCCUGACGGAUGUCUCCCUCACCGUGAUAUGCAAACAGCUGCAAUGUGGAGCCCGGGGACAGGUGUUGCCGACACCGAAAAACGGAGGCAGAAUCCAGGCUGACCUGGGUGGAUCGCAUCGAAUGCCGGGAGAAGCACCACAUCUCUCUGUGGCAGUGCCCCUCCGCACCUUGGCAUCCACACUCGUGCCCCAGGACGGAAGAAGCCUGGAUCAGUUGCCGAGGUGA